CACGCCGCCGGUGGGCGGGAGCGGCCGGGCCGGGCGGGCCCGCGGCCGGGGCCAUGGCGCUGCCCGUGCUGUCCAGCUCGGCCGUGAAGUUCCGGCGGGUCCUGGCGCAGUUCCCGCAGGAGCUCAGCCUGGCCUUCGCCUACGGCUCCGGGGUGUUCCGGCAGGCGGGGGCCUCGGCCGAGCACGGCGAGAACAAUAUGCUGGACUUCGUGUUUGCUGUUGAUGAUGCUGUGAGCUGGCAUAUGACAAACUUGUUAAAGAACAGGAGUCAUUAUUCCUUCCUAAAAUUUUUUGGCCCCAAAAAGAUAACUACCAUACAAAGAUACGGAGCGGGAGUUUACUACAACACCUUAGUGCCAUGCAAUGGCAGGAUGAUAAAAUAUGGAGUAAUUAGCACUGAUGCCCUGAUUGAGGAUUUGUUUCACUGGAAAACUCUCUAUGUCGCUGGGCGCCUACAAAAGCCGGUGAAAAUCCUGGCCCAGAAUGAGAACAGCAAGCUGCAAGCUGCUCUUGUCAGCAACCUGAAGAGUGCAGUCACAGCAGCCUUUCUCAUGUUGCCAGAGAGCUUCUCUGAAGAGGACCUUUACAUGCAGAUUGCAGGACUCUCCUACUCUGGUGAUUUCAGAAUGAUAAUAGGAGAAGACAAAUCCAAAGUGCAGAACAUAGUGAAACCCAACGUUGCCCAUUUCCAGAAGCUGUACAGUAACAUACUCCAGGACUGCCCUCAAGUGGUGUACAAGCACCAUCUGGGAAGGCUAGAGAUUGAUAAAAGUCCAGAAGGUCAAUUUACACAGCUUAUGGCUUUGCCAAAGACUCUGCAACAAAAGAUAACUGCUCUGGUAAACCCUCCUGGAAAGAACAGAGAUGUGGAAGAAAUUUUACUGCAAGUGGCCCAUGACCCUGACUGUGGAUUUGUGGUGAAUCAAGGCAUUUCAGGAAUUGUGAGAUCCUCCAGUAUAGUGCAGAGUGCUAAAACCAUCCUGACAGCUGGAACAGGUUUACAUAUAAAAUACUCUGGUUUUGUGAUGACUACUCUCUUCAGCAGCUGCCUGAGCAGAUACUGCAGGCCACUGGCUUCACUGUAAAUAUCUGUACAAGGUUUGCAUGUGCACUACAAAUAUAUAAACUAUUUGCUCCACAUGGCAGCUCUUCAGCAGUACCUGCAUCAGUGCUCCUUUUCCAAAGGAAAUACGGGGCACUGCAGCUGGGCAAACCUACCAGGAGACUUUGGGGGACUCACAGCCAAAUUGCUGUCUUCCAGCACUGAUACUUGCAGAAAACUCAACGUGGAUUAAGUGAAACCAGGCACAAGUCGUGUUUACACUGAAAUGCUGUGGGCUCGGUCCCAUGUGCAUCAGGGCUUUGUUCUGCGUCCUACAGUGGAAAAAUCCAAAGGGGAGGUGGAACCACCAAGUCCCAGAUUCAGAGCUGAAGUAGAAAGACAUUUUCAUGUGGUCCAACUGCUUCGGAUUCUGAGAGCGAGCCGUAAUUACAACCAUUAACUUUUACUGCAGCUGUGAUUCAUCAGCCCGAGGGCUGCUUUAGGGAAGCAGCUGGGUGGACAAACCCGCGCUGUGCCUGUGCUGGGGCAGCGGUGCGAGCAGCUCGUUCCAUGCGGUGCGGGGAGUUCAGGGAGCGGAGGGGCAGGAGGAGAGCGCUCUCCUGCUGCUGAGCUGCUGCACGGGCAGAGCAGCCGGGCAGGCUGAGAGCAGCCGGGCAGGCUGAGAGCAGCGCUUUCCUUGCAGGCUGCAGUGCCAGCCCAGCUCAGCUGUGCUGCAGUGGCUCUGCCACACGCUGGACUGCACUUCCAGAAGUACCUGGAAUUCAUUGGAAUGGCAGAGCAAUUCCUCUGUCAGAGGGGCUGCAUCCAGCAGCUUGGGUAUUUUCAAAGCCACAGUUUUAACGUUGUGGGUUGGAACCACUUCUUUUAUUUGUGCUGUGCCAGGGCUCAGCUUGGCCUUGUGCUGCAACAGGAAUUGUUGCUGUGUGUGCAAGCUCCAUGCAGAUAUGUCAGGCACUUGAGGAUUUACAUGGUUAUUUACUUGUUAUUUGAGAUGCUGCAAAGAAAAGCCUGUCAUGACUUCAUUAGUGUGCUUGCUUUUACAAAAACCUAUUAAAUAUGGAAAAGUUGGAGCAUACAUAUGGGAUGCACAUGGGUUUGUAAGUUCAAAAUACAUGUAUGGAUGGUUUCUUACAAAAGGUGAAGUUGUGUUUAUUUAAAUUGCAGUUGGAGACAUGAGAAGUGCAGAACUGAUUGUCUGCAGCCUGUUUGUUAUCAGAGCCUUCUUACUCUGUCACAUUCCUUCACAAAUAAAAGUGUGCACUUUUCCUUA